CUAGAAUUCGAUAAAACAAAUUUCUACUAAGUUAUUGGCAAACGUGGGGGGCUGUUCUCCUUGUACAGCAUGUAUAACAGUGAUUAUGGAUUGAUAUAUUGUAUGGGUCAAUAUAGAGAAAAUAAGUCGGUUAUCGAGGAUCGUAAUGGAUAACAAGAUGUUUUUCAAAAUGUUUACCGUUAUUAUGUUCUUGUUCCCGAUUUCUACAGCUUUGCGGAUACUUGUUACAAAGGAUCAAUGUGGGCGUUCUAUCGAUCUCACUGUAGAGAAAGUGCUCUACCUGGACUAUGAAGGAGCGGACGUAGGGGAUAUUUUAUCAAAAUGUGUGAUUACUGUUACAAAUAAUGACACUCGUGAUAUGAUUUGUAUCAGAAGUGAAGGAGAAUCAUAUAUCGAUGUUGACUGUGCAAUGCAUCUCAGGUAUCACAUUGGCGCUGUGAAGCGAUAUUCUUAUAAAAAGGAGUACUUUUGUUCGGAUUUCUACUUAAAACCUCUCUGUGACAGGAACAGUGUUUCGUCUGUCGAAUACCGUUUUGUCUACCAACGAAAUGCUUCAGUUCAUGUGAAAUUGUUUACAAAGAAACAUAUCGUGACUACUACCAGCCGUUAUACGCCAUCAACAUGGUCCUCGUGGAUGUCAUGGUCGUCGGAUUAUAAUGAUUAUGAUGACGACGACAGCUCCGCCGGCACAGUUGUGCAAGUAUUAGUUGGUAUAUUUAUCAUAUUCGCGAUUCUGAUCAGUUGUGUUUGUGCAAAAUUUAAAGCCCAUGGAAGAAGUUCGACUCCCAAACCUCAGUACGGUGCACCUGUCGUUGUACAGUACCAUUUCCAUGCUCAACAUGGGAACCAGCUUGCGAAUCAAACUCAGAAUUCCCCAAACCAGGCAACAAGUUUGAUGCAGUAUCCGCCCAAUCAGCCCGGUAUCCAGCCGCAGCAACAAUAUACACCAGAUCCGUCAGUGUAUGCAGGGUACCAAGUACAAAAACCCGUAUAUCAACAAGUACCAAUGGUCGGAAACCAGCCUGCCUUGACCCCUCAAGCUUAUGAUCCGCCCGAUUCAGAUCCUCCGCCUCCAUAUCCCGGAUAUUGAGCGACACGUGAUAGUGGUACACCGUCAGUGCUACGUUUACCAACUACGGACAUAUAUGUAACUGACGCAGUUUCAUUCCGUUUAUUUAUUCUAGCACUGGUGUGAUGCCAAUGGCAUAUAUGCACAACAUUACGAAACAGGCACCCUUGCAUCCGCUCUAAACCCCGAACAACCGCCAAACCAUAGUUCAGUGUCGGUUUGAACGGGAUUUCGUUUUACAGGGUUAUUCGGUUUAAAGGGGUGUUGUUAGUGGAUUGCAUACUACCCUUAUAUGAUAAGCCUUAACCAUGAUACAAUUCAAAUCAUAUCCCUAUCUAGGUAGAUAGAUAGAUAUUUAUUCAGGUUAAACACACACAUUUACAAAUCAUGUUCCUAUCUAGGUAGAUAGAGAGAUAUAUAUCCAGGUUAAAACACACAUUUACAAAUCAUGUCCCUAUCUAGGUAGAUAGAGAGAUAUAUAUCCAGGUUAAACACACAUUUACAAAUCAUGUCCCUAUCUAGGUAGAUAGAGAGAUAUAUAUCCAGGUUAAAACACAGAUUUACAAAUCAUGUCCCUAUCUAGGUAGAUAGAGAGAUAUAUAUCCAGGUUAAAACACACAUUUACAAAUCAUGUCCCUAUCUAGGUAGAUAGAGAGAUAUAUAUCCAGGUUAAACACACAUUUACAAAUCAUGUCCCUAUCAAGGUAGAUAGAGAGAUAUUUAUCCAGGUUAAAACACACAUUUACAAAUUAUGUUCCUAUCUAGGUAGAUAGAGAGAGAUAUAUCCAGGUUAAACACACAUUUAUAAAUCAUGUUCCUAUCAAGGUAGAUAGAGAGAUAUAUAUCCAGGUUAAAACACACAUUUACAAAUCAUGUCCCUAUCUGGGUAGAUAGAGAGAUAUUUAUCCAGGUUAAAACACACAUUUACAAAUCAUGAGCACAGUAAUUUACACAGUAUAAAAGUUCUUACACUUAGUUAAAGCAUUUGAUGUCGCAAAUUAUUAAAAUCACAUUGCAGGAAUAAAAUGCCUAGAUCAUUUUGUCUAAAAAACUCUGAGAGUGGUAACAAAGAUAAUCACAAUUAAAUUUUUGUCACAGGUCUCAGGUUAAGAGAGUUAUAACUAAUCAUACUAUAUCUGUUACUAGUACAUAAUAUAAUUAGGAAUACACACAUUUUAAUAUUAUUUCAAGACUAGAUAAGUCAUUCUAGCAUAAAACUGCUGUUCUUGUCCAUUUUCGGGGGUGUUUUAACAAGGAAGAAAACGUGAUUCCCGCGCUCACGUGCUGUUAUAAUACCUUUUUAUAUAUGGGCGUUCCGCGGCAAAGCGUAAACGUCAAAUGGAAAUGACGUCAUCGUGAAAAAACGUCUAAGAUCUUCCCGGGCAUUUCAUAGAAAUUUAAAAACGUUGAGGAAGAAUGUAUUCAUUUUUAAGGGUUUUUUUCGCGUUUUAUGCUAGAAUAGCGUUAGUGUAUGUUCAUUUCGUGUUAUAACAUCAUCAGAAUCCCUCUGGAUACGCCUUACGGGCUCGGGCACCAAUCAGUCCCUCUGUAUUCUGCAGACGUUAUAACACAAAAAACAUGCGUUAUCCCUAAACAAAUAAAACUCUAGGUUCUAUCUAUGCAAUAUUAAUAAUAGAACGAAUACAGUCAGGCAUAUAUGCAGCCGGAUUGUCUCAAAAGAUUAUUUUUCACGACCGUCUUUGUGUUGAUAAGUUGUCACCCAAGAACCGUAAUGUUCUAUGUGUAUUUUUCUUGUUUUUGAGAAAACCAAGUUUGAAGUUUCAGGAGUUUACAACAUUUUUGUUUGUUGACGAAUUCUAACAGACAUUGUUAUGUGUUUUAUUUAGUUAGUUCCAAGGAAAGCUACGAAAUAUAAAGAAUCGUGAAUUCAGACAUACCGCACUGGAAGUUUGUCCAGUGCAGAUAGAAUAUUCUACAAAAUUGUAAUCGCCGUUCCACUCAGAACCAUAAUGUUCUUUGCAUUUUCCAUUCCUGCCUAUGAGCAAAUUCAGUUAAACCGAGGUUGCAGUUUCACUGUCUGAUUUGGUCUCUCUCAGUGCUUUCGAAGAAAGCAUUGAAGUGUUACAUCGAAGUGAAUUACUUUUGUCCAAAUACGUUCUCAUCCGAUUUAUUACAGCACUCAUGUUUCACAAUUUUUAAUUAAACGUACCAUUCCUAAAGCAGGACAAAUGGACAAGUAUGUAUGAGUUUGGAAUUAAAAAUGAUUACUUACAUUUAGACUACUGCUAUUUGGGAACUUGAAAAUUUAUUUGCAAUUUUACUUGUUAACUUCUACAUGGCACAAAACAACAAUUAUUUUUACUAUAUGUUUUAUAUAGACACUGGACACUAUUGCAAUUUUGCAUGCAUUCCAAACCCCCUAAAAGUACUGAACUUAAUUGACCGGCUCUUUUUUCCACCAUUUUGAACCAAAUCACAUGCGUACGAAGAAUACCAGGAGGCCUAGAGGACCGCAGAAAGGCAAACCUUGCCCUGUCAAAAAGUCACGUUAUGCAUAUUCUGACAUUCUCAUUCUGUCAAAUUGUACAUUUACCUACUAUUUCACAUUUCCUGUAUUCAAUUAUGUCAUCUAUUGCAGGUCAUUCACUCAAAAAUUCACCAAUAUUCACCAUCAAACUAUUUUCCGCGUAACCAUUUCCUUAUUGUGGUCAACCAAGGGCAAAUAACUAUCAUCUUGUGCCACAUCAGAUUCAUUCUUCAGCCAUUUUAUAUAAUAUCAUGUGACUUGAUAGGAGCAAUCCAUUGGUUACCACGCAGAUAGAACAUUUUUGUAGUCAGGAAAACAUGAAAAUUGCAGAUAGAACGAAAAGGCUGUGUUAAUAUCUAAAAAUAGAAAUGUCCCGAAAGAGGACCAGGUCACUGUGACUCAGAUCUCACUUUCCAAUGGUAUAUAAUACUCAUUUUGGCCAAAAUGACAUAGAACAUUAUGGCUCUCGGGCGACAAAGUAUAAAUCUUUGGAAUGUGUUUGGCUUUGGAAUAAAGAGAUUCUGGUUUGCAUGUGUAGUUGUUUUUACAUUUAGUUUUGUUAUAUCAACGAGUAUGUCUGUACAGUUCAAUUUAAUUAAAAAUACACGUUAUUGUUGUUUUGAUUAAUUGACCAAUAAAAAGUGAAGCAAAAUGGUU